AUGUACAAACCAAAUGUCAAAUACAGUCCUGUAUUGAGCACCACUCCUUUGCUUUACUCUCACAACACCAUCUACGAUCCUGCUCUUGGUAGCCCAAGGAUUAAAAAUGACGGCUGGAAUACUUUAGACCCAGACAGUCCACUCAAGUUAUCCGACCAACACAUCCUGCGUCAGGUACAACAGCAGGCAUGGUGGCUGGAUCGUGAUUACCGAUUUUGCGGUCUAGCAGUUGGUCUUGAUGGAAUUAUAGGCUUGGUCCCAGUAAUAGGCGAUCUUGUUGGUGCUGUGUUUUCACUUCAUCUCAUCUGGAUGGCCUGUCAAAUACGCCUACCGCGUUACAUAAUAUUCCAGAUGCUUCUUAAUGUCCUGGCAGACUUCUUGAUUGGAUUGGUUCCUGUAGUAGGUGAUAUUUUGGAUACUAUGUUUCGUUGCAAUAUCCGCAACGCACAGAUGCUUGAGAAACACCUGCUUAACUCCAAUGCACUUCGACAACCUGAACAAGGGAUGGUUGAAAACGAAAGAUCCUCAACACCAGCAAGGCUAUCAGCAUCAGCAUCAGCAUCACCGUCACCGUCACCGUCACCAUCAGCAUUAUUAUUAUUAUACAAAGAUCCGUCCAAUAUUUCAUCGGAUGUUAUAAAAUCACAUCCCACAGAUAAACCACCCUGCGUCCCAGUAAGGGCAAGGGCAACCCACAUGACCAACCAUCUCCUCACACCCACGCCGUCUGUGUGUCAAGAGCACGACACUUUCGAAAGCAUGUCAGGGUCACCGCUGCUGGACCAGCCCCAGACGCCACCAUCUGAAAUGAAUAUUCAAAUGAACGGAACACAUUGCAUUCACCACAACGACAAUUGCGAUGGUCCUAACGGUAGUAACAGUGACUCGGUUGAUGCUGCCCUUGUCGAUCUUCUCAAAGUGACCAAAAAUAAUAAUCACAACAAUCACAAAAAUAAUGAUUCAUCCGAUGGCAACACACUCGGUGACACGGUCCAGAGUGACAUUGCAGAUUCUCCGCAAUCAGCGUCACGGACAGCACCAACAACAGAAACAACAGAAACAGAACCAGCAAUAAAAAGUGACUCAGCCGAUGAUGAAGCAGAAUCUGACGCACACACAAAAGACAAAAAAGACAAAAGUGAGGAGGACAAGCCAAAACUUAAUCCAUUGGUUCACAAGCCUAAUAAGUUUGUUGGCAAACGCCAGGCAUUCUCAUUCUCAGUCGGAUGCCAGGACACCCUUGUGGAAUGUAGUCCUUUCAACAAAUUUGUCACAGCCAAGCAAAAGAAAAGAAUCAUCCAGAAAUCAGGGAACCCGACUGAUCUACUCGUUGCUCUCUAUAAUCCAAUUACUCCUCUUGAACAAAACGACGCCUUACAACCAUUAACCGGCAAUAGCCAGAGCAAUAACCCAAAUAUCAGCAGUAACAGUAGCAGUAGUGGGCAAGAAGAUGAUUAUAAUGGUCUGAGUGUCUCUACUAUCGUUGACCCAACCAAGAUCAAUCUACAAGACCGUAUCAUCCUAAGACGAGAGUCCAAAAGACAUUUCCGUAAACCUCUUCGACGAUCAGCAAAAUGUUAAAUAUAUGUAUACAUAUUACUUUAACUUCUUUAUAUAUUUUCUUCUUCUUCUUUUCAUUCAACCAUGCACAGUACUUUUUUUUUUUAAAAAAAAAAGAAGAAAAAUGAAUAAGAAAAUAGAGUUAGUCUGCUGGCCAUUUUUAUCUCUCUUACUUUUCCUUGCCUUCAUUUCUCUCUAAAGAAAUGAAGAAAGAGUUCAUGUCCUUUCAAGGCAUGAUCUUUGUUACUUUCUUGCUAGAAUUAUCUCAAAAACGAGCAAAACCUGUAUGUACGCUUUUUAUUUAUUUAUUUAUUUAUUUUGACAUUUUACCCACAAUUCCUCUUCUUUUUCUUUCUUUUUUUUUAUUCUUAUACAUAUACAUAUACAUAUACAUUACAUAUACCUAAAAAAAUACAUCAAGAUAAAAGUUAUAAAAC